AUGGAAUCAAAAGAUGACUUCGUCGUAUCAUAUUCUUUCUUUUACUUUUUUACUUUCUUUCUUAUUCAUAAUGUUGUUUCCGUUUUCUUUUUUGUUUCCGUUCAUUCUUUAUCAUUCGUAACUUCUUUCUUUCUUUCUUUUUUUCUUUCUUUCUUUCUUUCAUUUUUUAUUUUUUCUGCCUUUCUUUCUUUGACAGUUUUUCUUUCUCAUAUCAUAUCAUAUUCUUUCUUUCUUUCUUUCUUUCGUACUUUCUUUCUUUCUUUCUUUUUCUUUUUCUUUUUUCUUUCUUUCUUAUUCAUAACUUUGUUUCCCGGUUUCUUAUUUGUUUCCGUUAAUUUCUUUAUCGUUCAUAACUUCUUUCUUUCUUUCUUUCUUUCUGUCUUUCUAUCUUUCUUUCUUUUAUCUAUCUAUCUAUCUAUCUAUCUAUCUAUCUAUCUAUCUAUCUAUCUUUCUUUCUCCUUUCUUUCUUUCUUUCUUUCUUUCUUCUUUCUUUCUUUCUUUGACAUUUUCUCGUAUCAUAUUCUUUCUUUCUUUCUUUUAGCUUUCUUUCUAUCUAUCUAUCUAUCUAUCUAUCUAUCUAUCUAUCUAUCUUUCUUUUAUCUUUCUUUCUGUCUUUCUAUCUUUCUUUCUUCUAUCUUUCUUUCUUUCUUUUUUCUUUCUGUCUUUCUAUCUUUCUUUCUUCUAUCUUUCUUUCUUUCUUUCUUUUAUCUUUCUUUUAUCUUUCUUGCUGUUUUUUUUCAUCUUUCUUUCUUCUCUCUUUCUUUCUUUCUUUCUUUCUUUCUUUCUUUCUUUUAUCUUUCCUUCUGUCUUUCUAUCUUUCUUUCUUCUGUCUUUCUUUCUUUCUUUCUUUCUUUUAUCUUUCUGUCUUUCUAUCUUUCUUUCUUCUAUCUUUCUUUCUUUCUUACUUUUAUCUUUCUUUCUGUCUUUCUAUCUUUCUUUCUUCUAUCUUUCUUUCUUUUAUCUUUCUUUCUGUCUUUUUUAUCUUUCUUUCUUCUCUCUUUCUUUCUCUCUUUCUUUCUUUUAUCUUUCCUUCUGUCUUUCUAUCUUUCUUUCUUCUGUCCCUCUAUUUCUUUCUUCUAUCUAUCUUUCUUUCUUUCUUUCUUUCUUUCUUUCUUUCUUUGUUUCUUUCUUUGUCAGACAACUUUCUUUUUCUCCUUUCCUAAAAUUCUUUCUUUCUUUCUUUCUUUCUUUCUUUCUUUCUUUCUUUUUCUUUCUAUCUAUCUAUCUAUCUAUCUAUCUAUCUAUCUUUUAUCUUUCUUUCUGUCUUUCUAUCUUUCUUUCUUCUAUCUUUCUUUCUUUCUUUUAUCUUUCCUUCUGUCUUUCUAUGUUUCUUUCUUCUGUCUCUCUAUCUUUCUUUCUUCUAUCUAUCUUUCUUUCUUUUAUCUUUCUUUCUUUCUUUCUUUCUUUCUUUCUUCUUUGUUUGUUUGUUUCUUUCUUUGUCAGACAACUUUCUUUUUCUCCUUUCCUAAAAUUCUUUCUUUCUUUCUUUCUUUCUUUCUUUCUUUCUUUCUAUCUAUCUAUCUAUCUAUCUAUCUAUCUAUCUAUCUUUUAUCUUUCUUUCUGUCUUUCUAUCUUUCUUUCUUCUAUCUUUCUUUCUUUCUUUUAUCUUUCCUUCUACAACUUUCUUUUUCUCCUUUCCUAAAAUUCUUUCUUUCUUUCUUUCUUUCUUCUAUCUAUCUAUCUAUCUAUCUAUCUAUCUAUCUAUCUAUCUAUCUAUCUUUUAUCUUUCUUUCUUUUCUUCUUUCUUUCUUCUAUCUUUCUUUCUUUCUUUUAUCUUUCCUUCUGUCUUUCUAUCUUUUUUAUCUUUCUUUCUGUUUCUUCUUUCUUCUUUCUUUCUUUUAUCUUUUCUUUUCUUUCUUUUUUUCUUUCUUUCUUUUUCUUUGUUUGUUUGUUUCUUUCUUUUGUUCUUUCUUUUUCUCCUUUCCUAAAAUUCUUUCUUUCUUUCUUUCUUUCUUUCUUUCUUUUUCUUUCUUUCUUUCUUUCUUUCUUCUAUCUAUCUAUCUAUCUAUCUAUCUAUCUAUCUAUCUUUUUUAUCUUUCUUUCUGUCUUUCUAUCUUUCUUUCUUCUAUCUUUCUUUCUUUCUUUUAUCUUUCUUUCUGUCUUUCUAUCUUUCUUUCUUUCUAUCUUUCUUUCUUCUAUCUUUCUUUCUUUCUUUCUUUCUUUCUUUUAUCUUUCUUUCUGUCUUUUUUAUCUUUCUUUCUCCUCUCUUUCUUUCUUUCUUUCUUUCUUUCUUUUAUUUUUCUUUCUAUCUUUCUAUCUUUCUUUCUUCUAUCUUUCUUUCUGUCUUUCUAUCUUUCUUUCUUCUAUCUUUCUUUCUUCUAUCUUUCUUUCUUUCUUUCCAUCUUUCUUUCUUUCUUUCUUUUAUCUUUCUUUCUGUCUUUCUCUCUUUCUUUCUUCUAUCUUUCUUUCUUUCUUCUUUGUUUGUUUGUUUGUUUGUUUCUUUCUUUUUUUUCUUUCUUUUUUCUCUCUUUUGUUUUCUUUUCUUUUUCUUUGUUUGUUUGUUUGUUUGUUUGUUUCUUUCUUUCUUUGUCAGACAACUUUGUUUUUCUUUCUCGUUUUUCUUUUUCCUUCUUUAUCAUUCAGUUUCUUUUCUUUCGCUCUUUCUCAUCUAGAUAUGCUUUUUCUUCUUUUUUAAGUAUUCCUAUUUAUUUGUUUUUAUUAUUUCUUUCCUUUUUAUUUAAAAAAAAAACAUUGUCCAUGUCGUUAUUAUUUCUUUCUUUUUCUCCUUUCCUAAAAUUCUUUCUUUCUUUCUUUCUUUCUUUCUUUCUUUCUUUCUUUCUUCCAUUUUCCUAUCUAUCUUUCUUCGUCUCUUUAUUUCAUUUAUUACAUCUUAUUACAUUAAUAUCUUCUUUUGCGGGUCCAUUUAUAUUCGAAGGAAGCCAUUGA